AUGAAAUCUGUUAUUGAACGAUACAACAAAACAAAAGAAGAACAUCAACAAUUGUUGAAUCCAACAUCAGACCUUAAGUUUUGGCAAAGGGAAACAGCUAUCUUAAGGCAACAACUACACAACUUGCAAGAAAGACAUAGGCAAUUGUUGGGAGAACAACUUUAUGGUUUGAGUGUCAAAGACCUACAGAAUUUAGAGAAUCAACUGGAAAUGAGUUUGCGAGGCAUUCGCAUGAAAAAGGAACAAAUCUUAACAGAUGAAAUACAAGAUCUUGGUCGAAAGGGCAACCUUAUUCAUCAGGAAAAUGUGGAACUAUGUAAGAAGGUAAACCUUAUAUGUCAAGAAAACAUGGAGUUGCACAAGAAGGUUUGUGGCACAAGGGAUGAGAAUGCAACAACCCAAACUGAAAACUCCUUCAUCCUGUAUGGUUUCAAUAGUUAUGAAAGUUCCCACAUCCCUACCCAUUUACAACUAAGCCAACCUGCGCAGCCAAACUAUGAGACACCACCCAAAGCAACAAAGUGAAGCCGACUGCACUACAUUGAAGCAUCAUGGAGAUUGAGAUAAUUGUUAAUCCUUCUGGGGUAGAAUACCCCAACAAUAGAAGAAUAUGAUUGUCAUAGUUAGUAGAUCUAGAUCAACCUAUCACCAUAAUAAAUCCUAACCUUGUCUAUGAUAUCUAUAUCCAUCCAUAUUCAUAAGUGAAGCCCAGUAUCAAUGUAAAGUUGCAUGUUAAGGAUAAUAAAAUAAAAUAUUAUGUGC